AUGCCGCCACCGCCUUUCGUUUGGAGUAGAGCACGAAAUUUCGAGCAUCGUCGUCCCACCAACAACUACACCGACGAAUCGGCUUUCUUGUCUGAUGGAGAAGUCGAAGAAGAAGAUGAUGAUCAGAAUGACAUAAUUACGACGAAUGAAGAUGAGAUUGAAAACAGCACGUCAGGUUACGACUCAACAGUACUUCAGACUCUUCCGACGAGGAAUGAGGCUCGUGAUAAUAAAGAUGUGAAAGUUUUCCAUAUGGGCUCAACUCUUGUGGGAAAAGACUGCAAUAUUUGCUUGGAAAAAUUGCACUCGAAUAAUAGGUAUCAAGAGCUAUUAUGUACACCAUGUUCUCAUAUUUUUCACAAAAAAUGUAUUGAACGGUGGUUUGACAAGAAUAAAGUGUGUCCUUUGUGUCGAAGUGCUAUUCCAAUUUGA